AUGCUGCUCGGCGGCCUUUUCAGCUGGCUCUCCUUGCUGUUCGAGCCACUGGCCGAUUCAAACGUGCCCCCAAUUCAACCACAAGCCCGAUUACGACCCGAGAAUCGGCCCUGGCAAAACAUCAUCACUGGUGUAUAUGGCUAUCCCCCUUUGCUCAAAAUUCACGAUCGGACCGGCGAGAUCAGUUGGAGUUUCCGUCGCGAAGAUGUCACGCAGGAUCUGCCGCCCGCGAUAAAGAAAUGCCUGUGGGCGCAUUCCAACGAUGCGACCGAGAUCAAAUACAUGCACGAUGGAAAGAGCGUGGGCGCCGUAUACGCUGACCUGGCCAUGGUCGUCAAUCACCUCCCCGACGAUCCUGUCAACGAUAAGAAGAUCACCUUUGCCGUCUGUCGCGACAAUCAGUUCCUCUGGAACGCCCACACCGUCGAGGCCUUACCCAAUGACCUCUUUGCGAUCGGAACCACCGGUCAACGACCCUGGGAUGGUAUUCUCGUUUAUAAUGCCAGUGCAGCCAACCCGCUUGUCGAUGAACCCCCUAUCCUCCAGAAUAUAACCGGUCUGCGGGCUAUUCACGCCAUGAUCUGGGAUGAACAGGAACAAAUCCUCUGGGCGUGCGGAACUGAUGCAGCCGCCGAUGGCUCGGAUCCAGUGCCAGCCUAUGGUGUCGUCCAGGGGUAUCCAUUUGAUGCAGCGACCGGGCAACUGAGGAAAGACGAUCGAUAUAUUUAUAGGCUGCCAAAUGCGUAUACGAUCGAGACGGAAUGGGGCAAGGGUUAUUCGUGGUGGGCUGGUCCUCACGAUCUUGUACCUGUACCAAAUGAGCGAAAAUUCCUUGUUUCGGAGGAUCGGGGGCCACAUGCGCUUGAUCUGGAGACGGGUGAGUAUUUCAUGGAGUAUGAGGAUGUGAUCGAAAAGUAUAUGAAAGGGUUCGAAGUGACGACAAACGAUCGUCAUGGAGUCAACCACACCGAUCAGUAUGAGGAGUUGCCGUUAUCUGAUCUGAAGAGCUUCAACCUUGCACCAGAUGGCGCCUUCAUAUAUGUGCAAUCACUCUGGACCAAGUUCCGUGGUUUCCAUAUUAGUCUGGUAGUUGAUGGUCAUCGACGCAAGAUCAAUUUGGGUGAUGAAAUGUAUCGAGCCCGCUGGUGGGGAGAUAUGGAUGGAUGGCCCAAGCCAAAAUGA